AAACUUAAGGGAAGGGGAAUAGGAAGUCGGAGGAGGGGGCUUAAAAUAAACCAAAAUAAUUUUUUUUUAUUUUACCAUUCUGUUAUUUUUACGUUAUGAAUUUGUCUAAACCAUGAGUGUUUUUCACGACGAAAUUGAAAUCGAGGAUUUCGAAUACGACGAAGACGACGAAAUCUAUUAUUUCCCAUGUCCAUGCGGCGAUAGGUUUCAAAUUUCAAAGGAGGAACUACUUGCUGGCGAAGAAGUAGCUACUUGCCCUAGCUGUUCAUUAAUCGUACGAGUAAUAUACGACAAAGAAGCCUUUGAAAAACAACAAACCGAAAUUCAGAGCUUAACUGAGGAUUUAAAGAAAUUACAAGUAGUGAAAUAAUAAAACUUAUUAAUAAUGAGUCGUGGAAGAGGAGGCAGAGGUGGUAGAGGUGGUGCUGCUAACAAAUCAUUUACUAGGGAUCAGCUAAAUGAUUUGGGUGUAGGAAAUAAAGAUGCACUUCCCUCACUUGUUACACAGCCUCCAUCACUGUACCCUCCAUUGGAGCGUAAACCUGUACCAUUUACGCCCUCUCUUGAGACAGAUUAUAUGCUAAUUUUACGACGAGAUUUUAUAGAUCAUAUGCAACUAUCCUCAUCUUAUAUAAAAAUUCCAUUUGCCAGCAAGUCAAAUCAGCCAGAACAAGAAAUUGAUAAACUUGUAGCUCAAAUACAUAGUACUAAGGAAAAAUAUGACUGGAAUUUUUUUCCUUCAGAGUUAAGACCAAAACUGUUGGCUAAAAGAAUUAAGAAAGGUCGUGGACAAAAGCUUGAUGUUAAUAUACAAGAAAGGCUUAAUGUGUUGGAGAAGUUGGAGCACUUAAAAAAUGCUGUUGUUAUUAAAGAGGAAGCAGAAGACGAGCUUGAAGAAGAAAUGGAAGCAGAGGAAAACGAACCAGAUGAAGAAAUGGAUGAAGGAACUGAUUAUGCCAAUAACUACUUUGAUAAUGGCGAGAAUUAUGAAGAUGAGGAUGAUAAUUUAGAUGAAGGACCCAUUUAUUAAACUUACAUUGUGAUAUUGUAAUAUAUUGUUUUAAAUAAAAUUAUCAAAGUUCAAA